ACGCCGAACGGGUUCUCGACCAGUGUGGAGAUCUAGCUGUUCCCGGGUGUUUCCGGGGGAGGGUUGAGGGCCAGCGUUCUGCUUGGUGCUGCUGCUGCCUCCCAGGGCGGCAGAGCUGGGACUUCGCCGCGCUUCAACCCCUAGGCCGGGGUAGGAUCCUGGGACACCAGAAUAGAUGCAUCUUGUGGUUAAUUGUGCCCUGCACUAGAGAGAAGUCCCGGGAUGAUAUUCUUGGGCUGCAUUUCUCUACGCUGGAAUUUACCCAUUUCAUUCAAGAAACAUUGACUGUCUGCUUAUGGUGACACAUCCCAGUGAAGUCUGAUGGACAGACCCUUUCUGUUGACCUUGCAGCUUUUUUCUCCCAUGUGGAAGUUGGAAGAUAGGGUGAAAGGGGCAGAAGUGAUCUGCUUUGGUGAAUAGGAGUGCUCCACUCAGUUCUCAGAACAUGGGCCCUCGUUUAAAGCUACAGCUGUGAUCUUCGGCUGUCUGUCGGCAUUGGAGAGACCUGAUGUUUUACGUUAUUGGUGGAAUCACAGUGUCUGUGGUUGCAUUCUUCUUCACAAUUAAGUUCCUCUUUGAGCUUGCUGCACGUGUAGUCAGCUUCCUCCAGAAUGAGGACCGUGAGCGCCGAGGGGACCGGACUAUUUAUGACUACGUGCGGGGAAAUUACCUGGAUCCCCGGUCUUGCAAAGUCUCCUGGGAUUGGAAGGACCCCUAUGAGGUGGGCCGCAGCAUGGCCUUCCGAGUGCAUUUAUUCUAUAAGAAUGGACAGCCUUUCCCCGCACAUCGGCCUGUGGGACUAAGAGUUCACAUCUCCCAUGUUGAGCUAGCAGUGGAAAUUCCAGUGACCCAGGAAGUUCUUCAGGAGCCCAAUUCCAAUGUGGUAAAGGUGGCCUUCACUGUGCGCAGGGCUGGGCGUUACGAAAUCACAGUGAAGCUUGGUGGAUUAAAUGUGGCCUAUAGUCCCUACUACAAAAUUUUUCAGCCUGGAAUGGUGGUUCCUUCCAAGACCAAAAUUGUGUGCCAUUUUUCUACUCUCGUGUUGACCUGUGGGCAGCCACACACACUUCAAAUAGUGCCCCGAGAUGAGUAUGACAACCCUACCAACAAUUCCAUGUCCUUAAGAGACGAGCUCAAUUACAGUUUGUCCAUUCAUGAGCUUGGUCCUCAAGAAGAAGAAAGCGCUGGUGUCUCAUUUGAGAAAUCAGUGACAUCCAACAGGCAGACUUGCCAAGUGUUCCUGCGACUCACCCUGCAUUCUCGUGGCUGCUUCCAUGCCUGCAUUUCAUACCAAAAUCAACCAAUCAAUAAUGGCGAAUUUGACAUUAUUGUCCUAACUGAGAACGAGAAGAAUAUUGUCGAGCGUAAUGUAUCCACUUCAGGGGUGAGCAUUUACUUUGAGGCUUAUCUUUAUAAUGCCACCAACUGUACCAGCACACCGUGGCACCUUCCACCCAUGCACACGAGCUCUUCCCAGCGCCGGCCUUCCACUGCUGUCGAGGAAGAAGAUGAAGAUUCGCCCUCUGAGUGCUAUACCCCCGAGAAGGUGAAGAAACCGAAGAAGGUGUACUGCUACGUGUCGCCAAAGCAAUUCUCAGUGAAAGAGUUCUACCUGAAAAUCAUUCCCUGGCGCCUUUACACCUUCCGAGUGUGUCCAGGAACAAAAUUUUCAUACCUUGGCCCAGACCCUGUCCAUAAGCUCCUCACACUGGUGGUGGAUGAUGGCAUCCAACCUCCCGUGGAGCUCAGCUGUAAGGAGAGGAACAUUCUAGCAGCCACUUUCAUCCGCUCCCUCCAUAAGAACAUAGGAGGCUCUGAGACCUUCCAGGACAAGGUGAACUUUUUCCAGAGAGAGCUUCGGCAGGCACAUAUGAAAAGACCACAUUCCAAGGUCACCCUGAAGGUCUGCAGACACUCCUUGUUGGAAUCGUCUCUGAAAGCCACUCGGAAUUUCUCCAUCUCAGAUUGGAGCAAGAAUUUUGAAGUGGUUUUCCAAGAUGAAGAAGCUCUGGACUGGGGAGGGCCUCGCCGGGAAUGGUUUGAGCUGAUCUGCAAGGCACUAUUUGAUACCACCAAUCAGCUCUUCACUCGAUUCAGUGACAACAACCAAGCAUUAGUGCAUCCCAACCCUAAUCGCCCUGCUCAUCUGCGGCUGAAGAUAUAUGAGUUUGCGGGGCGGCUGGUGGGCAAGUGCCUCUAUGAGUCCUCUCUAGGAGGAGCCUACAAGCAGUUGGUCCGAGCUCGCUUCACCCGAUCUUUCCUGGCCCAAAUCAUAGGACUACGUAUGCAUUACAAGUACUUUGAAACAGAUGAUCCAGAAUUCUACAAAUCUAAAGUUUGUUUCAUUCUCAACAAUGACAUGAGUGAGAUGGAGCUGGUCUUUGCAGAGGAGAAAUAUAACAAAUCAGGUCAAUUGGAUAAGGUUGUAGAACUCAUGACAGGUGGAGCUCAAAUCCCAGUCACCAAUGCAAAUAAAAUCUUCUAUUUAAAUUUGCUGGCCCAAUAUCGACUGGCCAGUCAAGUGAAAGAGGAGGUGGAACAUUUUCUAAAAGGCCUGAAUGAGUUGGUCCCGGAAAACCUUUUGGCUAUUUUUGAUGAGAAUGAGCUUGAGCUGCUGAUGUGUGGGACUGGAGAUAUCAGUGUGUCUGACUUCAAAGCCCAUGCAGUGGUGGUUGGUGGUUCAUGGCAUUUCAGAGAGAAGGUCAUGAGGUGGUUUUGGACCGUGGUUUCCAGUUUGACCCAGGAGGAGCUGGCUCGGCUGCUUCAGUUCACAACAGGCUCCUCUCAGUUACCACCUGGAGGCUUUGCUGCCCUGUGCCCCUCAUUCCAGAUUAUUGCUGCUCCGACCCAUAGCACGCUACCUACUGCACACACGUGUUUUAACCAGCUGUGCCUCCCUACAUAUGACUCGUAUGAAGAGGUGCACAGGAUGCUACAGCUGGCCAUCAGCGAGGGCUGCGAAGGCUUUGGCAUGCUCUGAUUGCCCUCCUGUCAUCCACUCGGCUCCUGCACUCACUGGAGCACGUGGGCACACAUUACAGACACUGUAACCUCUGGCCCUGACACUCACGUAACCAUCAGCCAAAAGAUGCCGCAUGUUCCCUGUGUCUGGAGUAUUUUGUCAUCUACAGGCCUUAUUCUUACCUCACUCCCUUCCUGUCCAUAUCCACCACAGGCUACUUUGGCAUGGUACAUAAUCUGGGCUGUGCGUUCAUUCCUGAGAAGAGGACCAUGCUGCUGUAAUUUUAUUUGGUUCUUUGAAGAUCUCGGUGGAGCUGCCUCAGUAGCUGAAGGAGGUUGCGCAAAGGACUCAGCUCUGUUGGAAAUCUGGUGUGCAGAAAGCCUGAUGCCCACGCUUACUCCAUCUCCCUCUGCUAGUGGUCCUUGGAGGUACUUUGUUUGGCCCUCAGUGCUGACUGGUAUGUGAGUCCUUCUCUGUAGGGAGGGUGUUUGCCUCUUCUCAUCAGGAGCCAGGAGAAGCACAGAGAGGAAGUGACCCACAUGAGCAAUCUUUAGUUUCAUCCCUUUGCACAAUGGCAGGCACAGGCCAUGGCACUGGACUACCUCUAAUGGGAACCCAUAGCACAAAAGAAUCUUUUCUUUUGUGGUAUCAGAACUGGAAAGGAGCUUUCCCUGCAGGCGUUUCUGGAAAUGAUUAGUAAUCCAUAAAGAAGAACUCUCUAAGCUUUUUCUUGAAUUUGAGCCAGGUAAGAAAAGCAGACAGAAGACCUAAGAAUGUGAAUGAUAGCUGGACUGUAGCUUCCAUUGCUGAACAUGAUCGUCCUUUAGGGUUAUGGGGUAUGCUUAGGCAUAUAGCUGGCUUGGACUACUGAUGCUCUUCCCCGAGUUUGUUCCUUACAUUGAGGUGUGGCUGGGCCUGGCCGCUUACCUCCGAGUUACACAGUCUGCUAAGAGCUGAGGAUUCUUCUCUGACAUGACUUCAGAGGGUCCCACCAGGUCUCUCUCCUAGAUUUUUGCUGAGGAAAAUUUUGUAGCAAAGGAUUGAGACAGUGAGAAUAGCAUGCCAGCGAUCCCUGAUUCUCUCUUUGCUUGGUGUUCUCUGGCAGCACUGAGGCAAGGGAAGAGGGACCAAGAGUUUAAGUGCUUGCCACAGUUCCUUUCCCUUGGGGUCAGGACACUGGGAACAGACACAGAGCUGUUGUCACACAGUAAAUACCUAGCUGUCCCAGUGACUUCUAUCCAUUCCAUCAGGUACCUGGAAGGGGAACUGAGGAGGGAAGAUGAUAUAUUAGGUUCACAGUGGGACGAUGAUUAAAGAGAACCUGCAGCUGUCUCUUGAAAGAUGACACCAUCCUUUUUCAUUAAAAUUUGGAUAAAAUUUUUUCAAGAUUCAAAAUCUCAUUGACUCCCCAAAUUUCUGUUUUUAAGAAGGCUUUGCUGCAAGUUACCAUUCCCAGUGGAGCACUCAACUCUGAGAAUAUUACAAGCCAUCUUUUUGCCAAAACCCAGCAAGUACACAGAGUCCUGAGACAAGGCAGGACUUGUGGCAAUGCCUUGGCCUCCUGGAAGCAUGUCGGAGCCCUCCCUCCCCCCAGGCUGGGUGGAGAUUGCAAGGAGCAAGCCCUCCUGAACUGCCGCGGUUCCUGCCUGACUCUUUUGCAGUCGUCAUUUGUCCUUUCUUGGCAUGGGUGCUGAGCUCCCUCACCGUUGGGGUCCAGGAUCCAGCAUCAGGGCCUCUACACCCCAGGAUCCUCCAUGCCACGUGGUCACUGCUCUCCUCAGGGACCAGGACAAGGUGCUGCUGCUUGCCCCAGUUUUUUCCCCUGGAAUAUGCACAG